AGCUGGGUGAGCGCGUGCUGCAGCACGAGCGAGUCCUUCAACCGACAGAGACUGAGGUCAGACUGAGCACCGGCUGAGGCACCGGGACUGCAAAAGUACUCUGUUGGGCAAACCUCCAAAUGUACCGGUGAUAUGUCUUAUGCUUUGACUUCAGUGUCAUGGCGAUGAGAACGGAGGUGCCAAGUCAUGGAUAGCGUGCCACAAUGACACAUGAGACCCUCACAAAUUCCCAGCUGUCUGUGAAGACUGUUGCCCUGCGAAUGGUUGACCUACCGUUGUCCGUCUACAGCUCUCUGACACAGGUGAGUGUCAGCACAGGCACCAAGAAACUGGUGGCCGCCACUGCCUUUGGCACCGUCUCACUCCUCCUCCUUGCUCGCCGCUUCCAGAGGAGGAAGGGCAGAAAGAAGGCGCUCUCUCCACAGUGGGAGCAGGCUGGUUUUGAGUUUUUCACACCAGCCUCUGCAGAGAAUGAUAAUACCAGCCAAAACAUUACUCUAUCCCUCAACUCAAAGAAUGGCUGCUCCACUGGUUCUGGUCUGGUUCUCACAACAAGGGAUUACAGAAAACUGUCUGGGUCUCUGCUGAGCCUGGCCUCGGUAAAAAGCAUAAACUCUUCCAGUAGCAGUACCUGCGCUAAUGAAUCCACAUGUUGGGAUGGAGCGGGGGAUGCUGACAUCUGUAGUGUGGUCAACUUAUCCAUCACCACACCUGAAAACCUGUACCUUAUGGGUAUGGAUUUAUUUGAGCAGGCUCUGCGGCGGUGGGAGGAGGCGCUGACAUUCAGGAGCAGGCUGGCAGAGGAUGAUGAGAGCUGUGUGUCUGUCAAAACAGGAGCUGGAGACACCAUCGCUGAGCAAGGCAUGGAGGAUGUCAUCAGUGCAGAGUUCAUCCACAGGCUGAAGUCUCUGCUUCAGCGGGCUUACCGCCUCCAGGAGGAGUUUGAGGGAGUCCUAGGCAUGUCAGAACCUUCAUCCCACAGCAACAGCAUAGAUCAAAUGGCAGACCUUUUGGCCAGAGAGGAGCUGGACGAUACUUGUCUGAGAGACAGCAACAGCAUCGCUUCCACCGACUCUUUUGUGUCUGCUGCUGAGCCUCAGCUGUCAGAGAACAGAGAACUGAGGAGUGCUUUUGCUCUGGGCCAUCACCCUUUCUACGAAGAGGCACUGCAGAUGGCUGAAGAGGGCAAGAUAUCCUGCAGGGUACUGCGAACUGAGAUACUGGAGUGUUUCAGUGACUUGGAUUUCCUGGCUAAGUUGCACUGUGUGCGGCAGGCAUGUCAGCUCAUUUUGUAUGAAAGAGCCACCAGGAUGUUUCUGGCUGACACAGGAAAGAAGAUACUGUCUUCCAUUAUAGUUAAAGCACAUAAAAGUCCAAAGAGAUUUGAAGAAGUGUUUGAAGAGAUGAUUUCCUUCCUGGAGCACACAGAGCACUGGGAAGACACGGAGGUGGAGCUGGCUACACGAGGGGUGAGGCAUUUGAACUUCUACGACAUCGUCCUGGACUUUAUCCUGAUGGACUCCUUUGAGGACCUGGAGAAUCCUCCCAUCUCCAUCCAGAACGUGAUAAACAACCGCUGGCUCAACAGCUCUUUCAAGGAAACGGCAGUGGCGUCAAGCUGUUGGUCUGUCCUGAAGCAGAAGAGACAACACAUGAAGGUGGAUGACGGUUUCAUCGCCCACUUCUAUGCCGUGUGUGAACAGGUCAGCCCUAUUCUGGCUUGGGGAUUCCUAGGGCCCAAGAGCUCCCUGCAGGACUUCUGCUGCUUCUUCAAGGACCAAGUACUGCACUUCCUGAAAGACAUUUUUGAUCUGGACAAGGUGCGUUACUCUUCGGUGGAGAGUUUGGCAGAGGAUAUGCUCCACCUGCUGCACCGACGCUCUGAGCUGCUGCUGGCCUACCUGGGAGCAGACUCCCUGAGGCCCCUGAACAGCUGCAAUUCCUCGCAGGUGCAGCUGGUUACCAGCACCCUGUUAGAGGCAAAGGUAUUAUGAGAGUAUUUGCUCUGUGGUGAGUUCACACCAACCAUCGGACCAAAGAAAACUAUCCGUAGGUAUGAGCGCACCUCUGGUCUGUUAUGACUGAACAUGAAAUGUUAUAUACUUAUCUCACAUUCACUCACUAUGCUGUGUGUUCUGUGGAUCCUAAUUAGCUGUCUGGCUUCACACCUGUUCAUAGUGUUUAAUGUGGCCUCUUCCUCCUCUCCCCAGCCCCCUUUCACAGUGCCAUAGCAGUGCACAUCAGUAUGAAAUAUCAUAGCAAUAAUAUUUUUUAUCAAAACUUGUGAGAUUAGAUAUUAACCUGUGGACAUA